GAGCUGGGCAUGGGGGCGUGGCCAGCCCAGGGGCGGGGCCGGCCGGGGAAGACGGAAACCCCAGCCUAGGGGUGGCGGCAGAACCCGGAUCCAGGAUCUCCAUGUUUUCCGGAGCGGGACUUCUGGAUUCGGCGGGCGAGAAAACCCGGCGCCCGGAAGCUUUUGCUUUCUUUGACGCAAGGGCUCGGGACGCAGCCGUCGUCGGCCGAGCGCCCGGCGAGGAGCGACCCGAGACGGAGCCUUCGGAGUCCCUCCGCCCCCAUCUCGCGCAGAGCCCGAGCUUCGGUGUUACUCGCCGCUCUUCUCGUGACCAUGGAGUGUCCGCACCUCAGCUCUAGCGUCUGCAUCGCUCCGGACUCAGCCAAGUUCCCCAACGGCUCCCCGUCGUCCUGGUGCUGCAGCGUGUGCCGGUCCAACAAAAGCCCCUGGGUCUGUUUGACUUGUUCAAGUGUCCACUGUGGAAGGUAUGUGAACGGCCAUGCAAAAAAACAUUACGAAGAUGCACAGGUACCCUUAACCAACCAUAAGAAAUCAGAAAAACAAGAUAAAGCUCAGCACACAGUGUGUAUGGAUUGUAGUAGCUACAGUACAUACUGUUAUCGCUGUGAUGAUUUUGUGGUUAAUGACACCAAGCUGGGACUGGUACAGAAAGUCAGAGAACAUUUACAGAACUUGGAAAACUCAGCUUUCACAGCUGACAGGCAUAGGAAAAGAAAACUUUUGGAAAACUCAUCAAUAAACAGCAAGUUAUUAAAAGUAAAUGGAAGUACCACUGCCAUUUGUGCCACAGGGCUUCGGAAUUUGGGGAACACGUGUUUCAUGAAUGCCAUUCUUCAGUCACUCAGUAACAUUGAGCAGUUUUGCUGUUAUUUCAAAGAACUGCCCGCUGUGGAGUUAAGGAAUGGGAAGACAGCAGGAAGGCGAACAUACCACACCAGAAGCCAAGGGGAUAACAAUGUGUCUUUGGUGGAAGAGUUUAGAAAGACACUCUGUGCUUUAUGGCAAGGGAGCCAAACUGCAUUUAGCCCAGAGUCCUUAUUUUACGUUGUUUGGAAGAUUAUGCCGAAUUUUAGGGGCUAUCAGCAGCAGGAUGCCCAUGAAUUCAUGCGCUACCUUUUGGACCACCUGCACUUGGAACUCCAGGGCGGUUUCAACGGUGUUUCCCGCUCAGCAAUUCUGCAGGAGAAUUCUACUCUGUCUGCAAGUAACAAGUGUUGCAUAAAUGGAGCAUCUACAGUUGUCACGGCUAUAUUUGGAGGCAUUCUUCAAAAUGAGGUUAACUGCCUCAUAUGUGGGACAGAAUCUAGAAAGUUUGAUCCAUUCCUAGACCUUUCAUUAGAUAUUCCAAGUCAGUUCAGAAAUAAGCGCUCUAAGAAUCAAGAAAAUGGACCGGUUUGUUCAUUACGAGAUUGUCUUCGCAGUUUUACUGAUUUAGAAGAACUUGAUGAAACAGAGUUAUAUAUGUGCCACAAAUGCAAAAAGAAACAAAAGUCCACUAAAAAGUUUUGGAUUCAAAAACUACCCAAGGUGCUAUGCUUACAUUUGAAAAGAUUUCAUUGGACAGCAUAUUUAAGAAACAAAGUUGAUACAUAUGUAGAAUUUCCACUGAGAGGCCUAGACAUGAAAUGCUACUUACUAGAGCCCGAGAACAGCGGCCCGGAGAGCUGCCUGUAUGACCUUGCUGCAGUGGUGGUGCACCACGGUUCCGGGGUUGGUUCUGGACAUUACACAGCAUAUGCAACUCAUGAAGGUCGCUGGUUCCAUUUCAAUGACAGUACUGUAACACUGACUGAUGAAGACACCGUUGUGAAAGCAAAGGCCUACAUCCUUUUUUACGUGGAACGCCAGGCCAAAGCUGGAUCAGAUAAACUUUAAUACCUCCUCUAUCAUUAUUUGUCAACUGUACCGGACAAACAUUUCCAAUUUUCCGUAAAUACUUGAUCCAAGAUUUAAUUUCAUUAUGCACUUUUCAAUUUCUUAUUUUGGGUUUAGUUUUAUUUUGUCAAUGGUAGUGACUUUUUGAACAUGGGCACCAACUAAUUGUUUUUUUUUUAGUUCUACCAGAAAACCUCAGCAGAUAUUUUGAUUUGCUGCUUUAGUUGUAAUAAUUCAGUUUUUAUAUGUAGUUCCAAGAACUUAGUUCUAUUUGGCUUUUUUAUAUUAAUGUUUUCAGUUCUCACUCUGAGGCACAUUUACAUCAAUGCUUUGUUUCUCUCACAUGCUGAAAGCUAGAUAUGUUCCUGAUUGUGAAGAACAACGUAACUGCCUGCUGUACUGGAGAUCAGGUUGACUCUGAAUCAAGAAUAAUGUGUGCACGUAAAUUGUGGCCCACGAGAUUCCAGUGACUGCUCAGUAAUCAUUCUUUUUGCUUGUAAACGAUAACAGGGCAUCCUUAAGUAGACCAGGUAACUGAUGCUCUUGGUAGCUCUCAAGGCUGCUGUUUAUCAGCAGUGAAUAAAUGUGUUGGUUCAGUGGUACCUAUACUGAAAAUUCAAGAAUUAAUUACUCUGUUGGUUUUUUGGUUUGGGGUAUUUUUUUAUGCAUGUUUUCAUGGAGGAGAUAGGAGUACAGAAAAUUCCAAAUAAGACCAAAUACAUUUAGUGUUAAAAAAAUUCUGUGACCCAGCUACAUGGUAUAGGUGUUACCCAGUGAGAGGCAACCACAGCUUCUGUUUGCUUUUUGGAAUCAGCAUCUAAUUCCCCCAUUAGUUGUAGCACUGGGGACAACGAACGGCAUGUCCUCCUUAGUCUUCUAGCUUGGCCAUCUAGGGGUUGAGGUGCUAGCCUCCAGAGUGGAUUUUGACUGUCACCUACUCUUCAUGUAACACUGUGGGGUCUGCUUCUACAGAGGAAAUGAGCAUCUUUAUUACUCUAGGUUUCAAAAACUCUCAUUGGCCUGUCUUGAUAGCAGAGCAAGUUGAAAAUAUUCCCACUUUGAAUAAGUAGAGUUUCUGUUCUUGAGUUUAGUAGUCUUUGUUUUAAAACUGUUUUCAAGAAAAAUAGGUAUAAACACUAUUUAGAUUUAACUCAAAUUGAAAUUUGGAAUUAGAAUUCCAUCUAAAGAAGGUGAUUGUGAUUUCUUCCAGUGUUCCAAGCCAGUCUGUUGAUUCUGGGUGGUGUGGCAUUACUUACAAAUUACUCGGAGGGAGAAGGAACUCCAAAAUAGGCCUGGAGGCACAGACCACACACUGUUCUCAUGUUCAUCACUUGUCCCAAUCGUUAUCUUCCUCCUGUCUCAAUUCUGUACAAGUUGCUACAAGGGACAGAAAGUAUUUCAUGUUAAGCCAGCCAACCAGACUUUCUGGUAAUUUUUCUAUUAAAAGAAAAAAAAGGGCAAGAUUUUAAGUGUAAAAGCCAGUCUGGUGGCUGCCCUUCUAGGUUGGAUAUUUGAAGUUGCAGGAGCAAAUGUGACUCCAUUUCCACAUUAAUAUUAGCUGCAUAAAUCCCACAUUUCCUCAACAGAUCACAUCUGCUAAACACUUUAACAUGACUCGGAGCAAAUUGCUAUUAUGUUUAACCUUGUCCUUUCCAGUAAGGUGGUCACUAGCCACAAAUUCUUCAGUCACACUAGCCAGUUCCAGUAUUCAGCAGCCACGUGGCAGAGGCCCACACACAUCUAGGACCUUUCCAGCAGUAUGUAAGGUUUUCUUGGACAUCACUGGUCUAAAUUUUCACUCCAGAGAAAAAAGCUUUGUCAGCAUGUUUAGGUCUCACAACUUAGACUAGAAAAUAUUAAGAGGGAAACACAUAUUUAAAAUGGUUUACAAUGCUAAAUUACAUUAGGUUGAACCAUGUGAAAUUGUGAUAUUUGACUCUGAUCUACAAAAAUGAGUUUCACAUAAUUUGAUCUAAUAUAUCAAUACAUUAACACCACAUCUAGUUGAACUUGAAAUGUGCAUCUCCUUUGAUCUUGCUAAGGAUCUCCUAUGGAUCCAGGCUUUUGUUUUAGAAGGUACAUAGCUGUAACGCCUAACAUUUGCACUUAGAUCGAUAGUCUCUUUGAAUGGGCAGCUGUUACGACUUCAACAAUAAAGCCUUGGUUGAUGUUGGUGGAGAAAAGCUGUCUUUUUAUACCAGAUGGAAUUUAGCAACAGACCGCACUACUUUGUUGGGGAAAGUGGUCCUCAGACAGGCAACACUGUUGGCUGAAGAGUUGAACACAUCUCUUUGAAUUUUUGUAGUAUUUUUACUGCUUGAUUUUACUUAAGCAGACAUGUUUAAAUACCCUGAAGGCUCUUUGGAAAAGAUUGGAUCCAUCUGAACGGUGCACUUGAACACCAGUGAUGUAAAUGUGCCUAUUUGUAUUUUAAAGUUUUAAUUGUGUAGCCUUAUCACACCUGUUUUAAAAGCUGAUCUUUUUGUGCUCUUCAGGGCUUUUUCCCUUGUGCCGUGCUGUCUCAGGCAUGUAUGUGGCCACUUGCUUGCUCAGAGAGCUUAUGCUGAGGCAGGGCCUCACGCUGAGUCACAUGGCUCCUCAGAUAUGACAACUUGCAGAAGUCCUCCCACACACGUGGGUGAUAGAAACAGUUUGUGGCAACACAAAUCUCUCUCCAUGGUGGAGAAACCUUUGCUUAUCCACUGUAUUCUACUCAGUGUCUAGUGAUGACAAAUGUAAUAGAAUUAAACCAGUAAAGUGUACUGGCCCUGGUUGAGUGUUAAAUGUGUAUCUCACCUGUGGAACCUACUCAGCAGCUUGGUUUCUGGGGUUGGGGACAUAUUUAUUUCUUAAAGCCAAACCUCUACUUCAUUGGUUUUGUGUACAUAAUUCUAUUUAGAUGUACUUAUCCCACUUCAAUCUCCACCGUCCCCCCUAAACUCUCUCAUAUCCCCGCUGUUACUGAAGUCGCAUCUUCACUCAGGCCCUGGAAAAACUUGUGAGCGUUCUGUCCCUGCAGCCAGGGCAUGGGUCCCAGGUGACCCGAGUGGAGCCCUAGUAGUGCUCCCACGGCACGGGGAGAGGUGGGCACGUGGUGGUGGCAUGCUGUAGUCCAGGGUCUGUGCAGUGCCUCACGGGACGCAGUACCUUCCCCCUUGGGUCUGAGUGUAGCCGACUCCAGAGUGCCCUCCACAAGUGCUGGUUGUGCUGUGAUGUAAUCACCUGCCAUAAAAACCUAGUUCAUGUGAUGCCGAGAAGGUUAACUGUGCGAGUGACCAAUCUCAUUUAAGUUGUAAUCACAUCCCCUUUCUGCUUCACCAACCUAAACUGUUUUAUGGAAAGUUUCAUUAAAGGUCUGGUCUCUUU